AUGGAGGAGAGGAACCAGAGACUGAGAGAGAAGGAGGGAGAAUUAGAAGAGAGAAACCUACGACUGGAGAGACUAGAUAGUGAAGGCAAAGAGAGAGAGAAGAGUCUGGAAGAGAAGGACAAACAACUAGGAGAAAGAGAUGAACUGCUGAAGGAGAGAGAUAAAGUGUGUGAUGAGAAAGACAAGCAGCUGAAGGAGAAAGAUGAGGAACUAAAGAGGAGGCAGGAGGAACUGGGAGAGAAAAACAAACAACUAGAAGAGAGAGACCAACGACUGGAGAGACUAGAUAGUGAAUGUAAAGAGACACAGAAGAGACUGCAAGAGACGGACAAACAACUAGGAGAGAGAGAUGAACUGCUGAAGGAGAGAGACAGACAUGUGGAAGAUGUCAAAAAUGAAAACAUUAAACUUGCACAGCAGAUAUGUGACCUAAACACUGAGGUAGAGAGACACAGAAAUGAGUUAUCGGUUAAAACCACUGAGAGAGGAGAGAUCUCAGAAGCAGAACCCAAACUACCAAUCAGGAGGAGAAACAGCAUGGAGCUUCCUCUAAACAUGGGAGGAGAGACCCCAGAUACAGACCCACCACUACCACAGGAUGAAGGUUCUACUGUGGUCCCUGGAGUCAGGAGGAGACACAGCAUGGAUGAGCCUCCAGACAUGGGGGGAGAGAGCAGCAGUCCAGACCCUCCAGUGUCUCCCAGUGUGUCUGAGCUGAGACUGGUGCUGCUGGGGAGGACUGGGGCAGGGAGGAGGGCAGCAGGAAACACCAUCCUGGGCAGAGAGGAGUUUGGGGCCCAGGACAGCCCCUCUGCAGUCACCCAGAGGAGUAGGAGGAGAGAGGGGGACGUGUGUGGGAGACGGCUGGUGCUGGUGGACACUCCAGACUGGUUCUGCCCUGGACUCUCUCUGGAGGAGAUGAGACAGGAUGUGGGGCUGUGUGUCCGUCUGUCCGCCCCUGGACCCCACGCCUUCCUCCUGGUCGUACCAGUGGAGCCCUCUGAGGGGGAGGAGAGAGGAGCCAUGGAGAGAAUGGAGGACAUGUUUGGAGAGGGUUGUUGGGGACACACUGUCAUUCUGUUCACCCAUGAUGACAGUCUGAGAGAGCAGAGCAUGGAGGAGUUUCUCCAAACAGGAAGUCAGGACCUCCAGCAGCUUGUAGAGAAAUGUGGGAACAGGUACCACGUCCUCAACAUGAAGGACAGGGCCCAUGGCACUCAGGUCCCAGAGCUGCUGCACCAGGUAGAGGAGAUGGUGGCAGGAAACAGAGAGAGCUUCUACAGCAGUCAGACCUACCAGGAGGCAGAGGCCCAGGUCAGAGAGAUGGAGGGAAAGAUUCAGAGGGAGAGAGAGGAGAAGAUACAGAGGGAGGAGACAGAGAGGAAAGAGAAGUUUGAGACAGAGCUGCAGAACUCUCUGAAGAAGAUGGAGGGAGUGAUCCAGGAGCAUGAGGGAGACAUUAGAACACUCAGCCAUCGAACAUCUGAACUGGAGAGACAGGUAAAGGAAGAGAGGGAUGAGGAGAAGAAGAGAGAGCUGGAGAGAGAGCUGAAGAGAGAGACUGACCAGAGAGAGGAGAUGGAGAGAAAGCUGGAGAGAUUUAGAGAGGAGGGAGAGAAUGAGAGGAGGGAGAGGGAGGAGAGACACAGGCAGGAGAUGGAGGAGUUCAGGGAGGACUAUGAAGGAGAGGCCAGAGUUGAAGCAGAGAGAAACCUGAUGAAGGUGGUCCUACCUGAGCUACAGAGGAGCAUCAUGAUCUCACACACUAAGAUGCAGAGAGACUUCAGCAGACAGAUGCAGGAGAAGAAUAGAGAGAUGCAGGAGAAGAAUAGAGAGAUAAAGGAGAAGAAUAGAGAGAUAGAGAAUUUGAAGCAAAGACUGAUGGGUCUCAGUGGUCAGUUUUUAGUGGAGCUCAAUGAAAUCAGUGAAAGGAGAAGCUCACAUACAUAAAGGAUGAGAGGGUGAAAGAGGAGAGGAGGACAAGAGUGUAGAUGAGAGGAGAGGGGAGAUAGAGAGACUUAGGACCAGACUGAGAGAUCUCAGUGAAGACUCCUUGACAGAGGUCCAUGCUGUAAGAGAAGGUAGUAAAAGGAGCUCUCCUCACAUGUAGAGAAACAGAGGGAGGAAGUCAGAGACUUCAUUCAUACAAACAUUGUCAGCUAGAAUUGCUGAAUUUUACUGUGAUCUUUAUGACAUAUUUGUGUUUAGAUGUCAUGCAGCAGAUCUCUGCUAAUCGAUUUGCCUCCCAUGGGGGUUCAUGGUUUUAAAAUGUAGUUUUUUUGUUUUCAUCAUCAAACCACCUGUAAUACUGAUCCAUCUUUAUGCACAUUAUGAGUAUGUCUUGGUCUUAGUCCUGGUAUCAGUCCUUUGUUUGGUCAUAAAAGUAUAUAUAUAUAUAACAUAUUUGUAAAGCAU